UUUCUAUAAUAUAUUUUCAACCGCCAUUAAUUGAUUUGGGCUACGCACGCAUGUCUGUGAGAGGCAGAUUUAGGCGGGCGAACGAAGCCAUAUACCAGUGAGUUUGAAAGACAUUUCGGGAUAACUCCGGAUUAGCGGGCACGUCAUCAUCAAAGAUGGAUAAUAUGGCGAAGAAAUACAUUUUCUUCCUGCUGGUGUGCUGGAUUUCAUUCAAAGGAUGUGCUGGCGAGAUUACCGUGCAAGGGAGUGUGACGUUCUGGGUUGAGGACUCACCUGCCUCCCUCUCUUGUCGAGUGACGGGAAGCCCAACGAGUGUUACCUGGACUGCCGGCGUUGAUGUUAUCACGAAGUGGAACGUAAAUGACGGUGUAACAUUAUACAGAUCGGACGGAAAAUACGGCAUGACUGGGGACGGUACAAAUUUCGUUUUGACCAUCAAUAAUAUUUCUGUCUCAGAUGCUCGCGGUUACAGCUGUGGACAUGCUAUUGAUCUGACGACUAUACUAUUUAAUACAACACAAGUCACAGUUAACGAUGCACCAAGAGAGCCAUACCCGACAAUCAAAGAGUGUUCCAACGAAACCGACGAUCACUGCCACAUCAACGUCGCCAACUAUACAUACGCGACGAAUGUAACGUGUGCGGUCACACAUUUCUUCCCCAAUGUCACCAUCACGUGGUCGUUGCGCGGUGUCUACAUCGCGCCCGUCGAAGUCAAAUUGCAUCUCAGUGACGAUGACGGGACUUACUGCAAGUUUGUCACGAUCAUGGCGAGCCCGCAGGACGACAUGUAUGUCUGCACGGUUACCGGCGAAGCCCUGCGGGACGUGGAUACGAUGUCCAUACGAGCCAUGGUGAAGGGCGGCUACGGAUAUGUUGGGUCGACCACCGAGUCUCCCGAUGUUACUACGAAAGACACCGAAAGUGGUGGUGGUGGCGGUCAGAGCUCAAGUAGUAAUGUUGGUUUGAUAAUCGGGAUCGUCAUCGCAUGCGCGUUCGUGUGCAUGUUCGGCCUUUUCAUGGUCUACGUGGUCUACGUUAAGAGACGUGAUCAAGGCAAGGAUUCAACACUGGAGUACAGAUACUCAGAUCUCAACAAGAAACCAGCUGGGAGCAUGGCAGAGGAUGACGAGCGGAUAGCGGGAGGACAUAAAGCACCAAGAGCGGGAGAGCCUAAGACAACGACUGGAACAGAUGAUAACUUUGUUUUAUCGCAAGAAGUCUACAAUGCAGACGAGGGCGACAAGAAAGAAGAGAAGAAGCCAAAAGAAGACACGCCUGAAAAUAAUGAAACGAGCCCGGAUCCAAAGGAGAGCGGCCAAGGCGGGGAUCACAGUGAUCAUCAGGAUCAUAGCCACAGUUACAGUAGUGGUGGAGGUGGCAGCGGUGGUGGGGGUGGUGACAGCGGUGGAGGUGGUGGCGGUGGUGACUGAUGGACGAGAUUACAUGUCGCAAAAUUCGUCCCAUCGUCAGGGUAGGCAUUAUCUAAUCAGUCGUAGGGGCAAGCAUGUUUCUGCCAAUAACCACACCGUAAUUUACAUGUACUUGAGGUAGCUAAUUUGUAUCAAUUUUCUAAAGUGUACCGUGUCCAUCAGGUAGGGGUAGGUUACGGGUUAGGAUGAGAGCUAGAGCUAGGGUAAGGGUUAGAGUUGUGUCUAUUGUAAGAAACAAUAUGCCUUUACGACUGAUUAAAUAAUGCCUACCAAAUUCGUCCCAUCAACAGUAGCAGACUGGUGGUUGAUCCAAGUUUUUGCUCCGGCGACACUUGCUCCAGGUGUUAUUGCGUCAAAAACCUCUAGGGUUAAACCCAUCUCACAUGGGGCGUCAUUUUGCUUGCGUUAUUACCUGCGCUAAUAGAGCCCAUAUAUAACAUUGUUCGAAUGCACCCGUCAUUCAACGCAACGCCACACUGUGUAGGAUAUCAUUCUUAUGAGGUCAUAUAAGCGCGCCAUUCGCUGACGCAAUGAUACGUCAGUGAAAUAACGCCCCGUGUGUAAUUGGGAUUUGGAUAAGGUUGCGAGGGGCUCUAUCAUGUUAGGUUCAUAAAUUAGGGGUAGGUUUAGGCAUAGGGUUGACGUAACCAAUUUAUUGUUUUGCUAUUAAACGUGGAGCUAUUGUAACGGGAAAAGUGUCAUACAAAAGACUCGCGUCAUUAGAUUAAGAGAUGCGUCGGGUCGGUGAAAUAAAAGUUCAGCUGUCAGAGGAGUUAAAUAUCAUUGAAUUAACUAUAAGAGAGACAUUCCGUCCUCCAAGUAUUGUGUACUGAGCAAAUAUACCCCCCCCCCCCAUAUUGU